AUGAUAAUUGAGUUGGAGGAUAAAUUGACAGCUUCAAUUCACCUAUCGAAUUUGCAGGAUCAAAUUAAUGCAGUUCCACAGAGCGAUUUCUAGCGUAAACUAUUUUUUACGAUCUGUUUUGGACAUAUCAUUCAUAUAUUCGACAGCUGCAUUGCUAUGUUUGUAUAUGACAAUCCAUUAAUACUUUUAAUAUAUUUUGCAUGUUAUACAGUUGGUCAAUUGGCGGCCUUGAACAAAUAUGUGCAGCGAUAUUAAUUUUAUUGUUAGAUAUUUUAAAUUGUCUUGAUUUGCGUAUUAUAUAUGGAGAUGCAACAAGAUAUAAUCGUUUUGAUUGCCUUCAUUAUUAAAUCACUCAUAAAUGGAUACAUGAAUCAGGGACUUUAGAUGAUAAGAUUUCAACUCAUAAAGAUAUCUGUAAACGUUGGAUACUUGAUAACUAUAGUUUUCAGUCUCAUAGGCUUAGUGUGCAAGAGAUUUGAGUAUUCUCUAUUUCGCUUUAUUUGCGUUGCCGAAUUUUGUUUAAUAGUGAUAUUCUUGAAACAAUUUUCUCAUCUGCCUCCUCUGAUGGAGGAAUGCCUUGAUAAUGAAUUUGAUAUUUACAUCAAAUAUAUUGAAAAGUGUGCUGAGAGUAAUUCAGUGUUAAAUUACGAGGAAUAUAAGAACUCCAAUGAACAGAUUUCAAUUAUUCAAACCUUUUAGGUAAAAGUACAUAGACCAACCUUGAGAAAAUUAUUCACCAAAUUGUCAAAAAUUAAUGAAUAAAUUUAUAAGUACUUUAUUUGUUCAACUCUCCAAGGGUUUCUAUUUUAUAGCAAUUUGACAUACUUGAAAUAUUUCAACUCUGAUAACAGCAAUAAGUAUAUUGAUAUUAUGCUACUGUCCUUUUUUGGGGCUCUUAGUAAACCCUUCUAUCAAUUUAUGACUGGAUUGUAUACUUAGAAAUAAGUUUAUCAAAUUUCAUGUAAAUUUACUGUUAUUUUAGAAUCAAUUUGCAUAAUUAGUUAAUUGUUGAAGUUGAGUUACAUCUAUUUUUAGUCAGAUUUGAUGCUAUUGAUAGCUAGUUUGAUACAAGGAGUGUUCCAUUACAAUAUAACCACCGAUAUCAGCUCAGAUUACCGUACGAUGAUUUUGGGAUUAUCAUAAGUGUGCCGUCAUCUUGGGGGGAUGUUUAUGGCCUAUAGUGUUUAUGACUUUUUGCAUGAACAGUUGUGGGAAUUCCUAUUCGUGCAAUUAAUAGUAGCCUAGAUCAUGUUGUGUUACUUUGGCUUUUAGACUAAAAUUCAAUUUUGA